AUGGAAGCUGAGAGCUCUAGUACCAGCACUACCACAUCCUCCCCCAUCAAAACGGUGGUGGUUCUUGUCCAAGAAAACCGUUCAUUUGACCACAUAUUAGGGUGGCUAAAGACUAUAAACCCAGAAAUCAAUGGAGUCACAGGUUCUGAAUCCAAUCCCAUCUCCACCUCUGACUCAAACUCAACCUUCAUAUUUUAUGGUGACCAAGCUGCCUACGUUGACCCGGACCCUGGCCACUCGAUCCAAGACAUUUACGAACAAGUUUUUGGAGUUCCUUGGACCGAAUCUGCGCUUUCUGAUGAUAACAAACUGCCUCCAAAAAUGAAUGGCUUUGCACAGAAUGCAGAGAGAUUGCAGAAGGGCAUGGCUCAGACUGUUAUGAAUGGGUUCCAACCAGAUGCAGUUCCAGUCUAUAAGGAGUUGGCUGAGAACUUCGCUAUUUGUGACCGGUGGUUUGCUUCUAUUCCUGCAUCAACACAGCCUAACAGGCUGUAUGUGCAUUCUGCAACUUCUCGUGGAGCUACCAGUAAUAACAGACAAUUGCUGAUUGAAGGGUACCCUCAAAAGACCAUAUUUGAGUCCCUGGAUGAGGCUGGUUUUACUUUUGGGAUUUAUUAUCAGUACCCGCCAGCUACUCUCUUUUACAGGAACCUAAGAAAGUUGAAAUACUUGACAAAGUUUCACCAGUAUGAUCUCCACUUUAACAAGCACUGUGAAGAAGGGAAGCUACCAAACUAUGUUGUCAUCGAACAACGAUAUUUUGACCUUUUAUCGAUACCUGCAAACGACGACCACCCAUCUCAUGAUGUCUCAGAAGGCCAGAAAUUUGUGAAAGAAGUAUACGAGGCGCUAAGAGCUAGUCCUAAAUGGAAUGAAAUCCUGUUUAUAAUCAUAUAUGAUGAACAUGGUGGUUUCUACGAUCACGUUCCAACUCCUGUAACUGGUGUCCCUAGCCCAGAUGACAUUGUUGGUCCUGAGCCAUAUAACUUCAAGUUUGAUCGUCUUGGGGUUAGAAUUCCUGCAUUUCUCAUAUCUCCUUGGAUUGAACCUGGAACAGUGUUACAUGGGCCUUCUGGACCAUAUCCUACGUCAGAGUUUGAGCAUUCUUCAAUUGCAGCAACUGUUAAAAAGAUCUUUAAUCUGGAAGAGUUCCUAACUAAGCGUGAUGCAUGGGCAGGCACUUUUGACGAUAUUUUGACUAGAACUAGUCCAAGAGUAGAUUGUCCAGUUACUUUGGUUGAACCUGUAAAAUUACGUGAGGGUGUUGCAAAAGAAGAUGCAGAACUUAGUGAUUUCCAAAAAGAACUAGUGGAAAUGGCAGCAGUAUUGAAUGGAGAUCACAAUAAGGAUGUUUAUCCUCAACAACUUGUGGAUAACCUGAACGUAGCAGAUGCCGUGAAGUAUGUUGAGAAUGCAUUCAAGAAAUUUUGUGAUGAAUGUGAAAAAGCAAGGAAAAGUGGUGUGCCCGAUUCUGAGAUCAUUUGUUUUGAAAAGCCAACAACACACGCAACAUCCAAAUCUUUCGUUCAUCAUAUUGCUUAUGAGUAUCCAAACCAAAGGAUUGUUACUUUGGUGGAGGAGGUCGAAGUUGAGUAUGAGUUUGAGGAGGAACAACUUGAGCUGAAUAACCACAAGGAAGAAGUCAUGACUACCGAUGAUGAGGGUGAAACUUAUGUUGAUCAUGAAGAAGUACUUAUGAUGCAUAAAAUUGAUAAGAAAGAGGUUGUUGACUUAAAGAAUGAAUGA